UUAACCCCAAAACAGAAACGUCACAGAACUAAGUAUACAACUUUUUUAUAAUUUUCUAGCAUUAUAAGAUACGUACUUAUAUUUUUUCAUAUUUCUAAAAUUACGCGUAUAUUAAUUAAUCAGUGUAAUUCAGCCUCAUUGCGUACGUCGUAAAUUAGGCUAAAUUGUACGACUCGGCAACAUUGUCUACUAACGUGCAGAAAUAUGUAAAUACGAAAAUCGUCGAAAACUAUGCAGUGCUGCCAAGUUUUUAAAUUUUAAUACGCCUGUCGAGUUGAAAUUUUAGGCAAUGACAUGCAAUUUUCGAUACGUUUCGACUCUCGGAAAACGACUUGCAUUCGACACGACUCGAUUCUCGAAUAACGACUUUCAUUCGACACGAUUGUCACAAUGAGGCUGAUUAAGAAAUUUAGUGUACACGAGUACAACCCUGUGCGUUGACUUUUCCCUCGCUUUUGCUUUUACGGCAUUUCGUGUCGCUUUUGACAUUUCAAUGCGAUUGACAUUACCACGUGAAGUGAAAUAGCCGACGAAUAUAUGGACAAAAUUAUCGAAUUUCAUCAUUAAAUUUAAUUGCACACUUUAUAAAGUUAUUUGACACUGAUUUACUUCACCAUUCGAGAGUCCACACUAAACGCGUAAAGAAGAAUAUCCAGUACCACAGUGAUAAAUUGAAAAGAAUAUAAACAAAAUGGCAUUGCGCGUGCAAUUUGAGAACAACGAUGACAUUGGCGUUUUCAGCAAACUUACAAACGCAUACUGUCUAGUGGCCAUCGGUGGUUCCGAGGCCUUUUACAGUGUAUAUGAAUCGGAAUUGGCCGAAACAAUACCAGUUGUACAUGCCAGCAUUGGUGGCUGCCGCAUUCUUGGCCGUCUCACAGUAGGCAACCGCAAUGGUUUAAUUGUACCACAUUCCACCACCGAUGUGGAGUUACAACAUUUGCGUAAUACGUUGCCGGAUUCAGUGAAAAUCCAACGUGUCGAAGAACGACUUUCCGCUCUAGGAAAUGUAAUCGCCUGCAAUGACUAUGUUGCAUUAGUGCAUCCCGAUCUUGAUAAAGAGACUGAAGAAAUAAUCGGUGAUGUGCUUAAAGUGGAAGUGUUUCGCCAAACAAUAGCCGAAAAUCCUCUUGUGGGCUCAUAUGCAGUACUUAGUAAUCAGGGUGGCAUGGUGCAUCCAAAAACCAGCAUUCAAGAUCAAGAUGAAUUAUCGUCGUUACUGCAAGUGCCGCUUGUGGCGGGCACAGUCAAUCGAGGUAGCGAUGUACUAGCAGCUGGAAUGGUGGUGAACGACUGGAUAUCAUUUGUUGGCAUGAGUUCCACUGCUACGGAGAUGUCGGUGAUUGAGAGUGUAUUCAAAUUGAAUCAAGCACAACCAAGCACAGUUACAACCAAAUUGCGUGCUACUCUCAUUGAGGAGAUGUCUUAAACGCUGCAUGCUGCAAGUCUUCUAUGAAUGAAAACGAAAUUAAAUUGAAGACUUACGAUUUUUUUUUUGUAAUAAAAAUAAAUAAAAUUUAAUGUUAAUCCAUAAUACUAAUUUUAAGUAUUU